AUGAUGUCUUGUUUUCCUGGUUUCUUACCUGCAAUAGAGGCAUGCUCCCUCAACUGGAAGAACAUUGACCUUGGUAUUGAUCUGGAAGAGUUUGAUUCUCAAGGUUCACCUCCUCUCACUCUUCCUUGUGCAAGAAUCUAUGCUCCAUGUUCAGACAAAGAUCCAGAGAGUGAACAACAACAGUCAACCACUACUGUCAGGGAUCUCGUUACAGGAAAAGAGUGAGUAGCAUGUGUUUAUGAUGGUAAUAGAACUAAGUGGAGUCCAAUUCGGUCAGAAAUCAUACAAGUCAUUAACAAAAUGGAAUGGCCGCAUAGCAGGAGUCUGAUUUGUUUAAUCACGAGUAUGUCAGAUUACAGACCGAUUUGGAGAACACAAAGUUCUGUUACCAAUUAAUCAUAACUAUAGCAAAAUUUGAGAUAAUUAUUUAAUUAAUUAUCUAUAUUAAUUUUUAAUUUAGAAAACAUAGGAUAUUCCUAGAGCUUUUUUUUUGCUAGAAGUAAAAUUAGAAACCCAUUCAAGUGUGCGCGAUGGUGUGUACUGUCCAGUUACUUAGGUAUGAUGUGUCCCGUCCUAUUACACUGUCCUAUUAAUGCUAAAAUCAGGACAGCUGAUAGCCAAUCAGAUUUGAGAGUUUUGGUUUAGUUAUGGUUAGUGUAGAAAUGGUGUCCUUAUUUCAUCUGCUGACAGAGGGAAUUUUAUGACAUGGUCAUAUACAUAAUAAGAUAAAACAGUAAACCAUUGAGGCUUCAAAGACUACACAGGAUGCCCAAGGUAGUGUAUUUUAAAGAAUACUCGUGUCUUCUAUGACUUUGUAAUUCUAAACGUUGCAAUAUAUUUUAAAUUCCUUGCUUAAUAUGGAAAGAUAUUGAAGUCUUUCCAUACUGGGUUUGGAUGUGAUGUGUGGUAUGACAAUAUUUAGUGGAGGUUGAUUGUCCCUCUGACCAAGUUGUUCAAAGAUAAAUGAUGCUAUUCACCAGAUAAGCCAUUAUCCAGUGAAGAAGUUUUGGGGAAACAAUGCGCGCUAUCUAGUGGAGAGAGAUUUUCUGAUGGAUGGCGUUAACUACCUUUAAAACAACUGUGGCCUAUUGGUUUAGAGAGCCGUGCUAAAUUUCAUUUGAUAUUCUUUUGCGUGGAUCCUAAUUUGUUUUCAGCGACCAAAACAACCAGACUGUGAAUGAAGAAAACCCAAGCAGUGCUUGGGAAAGUGACUGCCGUCCCAUCCCAGUACAAGACAUUGACGAUGACCUUGAGGUUUUGUGCGCUCGAACAGAAGCUCUUCACGUUCAUGGUUAUCACAUUGUUGCUGGAAAGCUUGCUGUGAAACUGGCUGAUAACUUUUUGAGUUACGGUACAAAAUUAAAUUUGUCCUCUCACUGUAAUGGUUCAAAAAGCAAGAACAAGGGUGUAGGAGCUACUUCACUCGCGAGUACAUUAUUGGUGAAGGCAGCCUUUCUUUGUCGCGUGCUUGAAGAUGACCUGCAGUUCCAUCAUUUGGCUUUUAGAGUUGGUAUGUUGGGUCUAGAGAUCCCACGUCAACCAGCAAGGAGUAAAGCUUUAGAGGUAAAAACACCGCUUGCGAUACUGUAGACUUUCUCUGUUACUGAGUGCUAUGCACUUUAGGCCAUAUCCUUUUUCAUUAUAUGGCUGAAUCCUCUAGCCGGCGAGAUAAAGCGAAUGCUAUGGUUUGAUUGGCUACCCAAGAGGGUACGAUGGGCAUCUUGUCAGCUUAUGAUUUUCCGCUUUAGUCCAGUAAGAAAUAGUUCUCUUUUUGACCAUAUAGUAAAUCUUUCAUUGACCAACCUUGUUCGAUCAUUGAAGAUGCCUGAAUAUUGCCUCGUCCAAUAACCAACCUUGAUCGAACAAACUUGGUCAACAGCGUAACUAUAUAUAAUGUCUAACGGACCAUUCAUUUUUUUGUGAAAGAUUCCAAACCCAGAAAGGAUUGAUUACAUUAAAUCUAGCUAGGGUUCAUGAUCCAUGUGUUUCCCAACGUUUCACCGUCUUGCGCCGAAAUUGCUCUAAACAGCAGCAACAAGGCUUAAGACAGUAAUUAUUCACUUAAGUUGCAAAACGGGUUUAUUGCAGAAGUGUCUCAACUGUUUUGCAAGUGUUUGUGGACUCUGUUAACUGAAUCAAAAGGUCAUUGCUUUCUGUCAGGAAAUCUUUAUGCUGGCUAACCCUUGACAACCUUUCUUGUUCACGUCUCAGGUGAAACUUUCAUAUCAAGAAACUGAACUUGUUACCUUGCUAAAGAGACUUCCCCUUGCACACGCUGAACUAGCUAUUAUCCGAGAGAAGGCAGAGCUAUUACAGCAAGGUCAGCUGAAACGAGGAGACGCCGUUCUUCCCAUCAUGUUGGCUACCUUUAUCUUUGAAGUUUUGUGCCCAAAGAAUGGUGGCUCACAAGCAAAGCGGCAGGCCACAGUGAAGCUGUGCGAGAUAACCCAGGAAGAUGAAGAGCUGGGAUUCCAAGCUACGCUCUUUGUUUUAGGUACAGCACAGUUUACAUGGAACUUAGCCUGCGAAAACAGCCGUUUCUCCUCGCUCCUCACCUCUUGGGAUGUUUCGUUUCUCUCCAGGCAAAACGGCCCAUCGGCGAGGAGCGAGGAGAAACGGCUGUUUUCGCAGACUAAUGGGCUCCCUGGAACUGAGGCUUUCUUUUCUCUUGUUGUAAAACUCUUAACCGUCCUAUAUUAAUGCUUGUGAGAAAACUUGUUACGAAAUUCUCCUUUCUUUCACAGUUAAAUAAAAAGCCUUAUUUAAUAGAUCAAUUUCUCCCAUAAAGAUUUUUUCUAAUUCCUUUUAUUUAGGUUUCUUUGUACAUGUUUUAUUAUUAUUGCAUCUCGGUUCGUAAAAUCGACAGAACGAAGGAAGCCAAUAUUCAGCCAUUUUGACCCAGUCAAGAAAGGAUAUACCAAGUUAAUGGGUUCUAACGGCAACAAAGUGAGCAAUGCCGAAUGGGCCAGUAUGUCCACCUAGUCUCCUCGGAUUAACAAUAAGAUCACAAUAUUCACCUCAUUGCCCAGUCAAGUACAGGGAUAGUUAUAUCAACCAGUGCGUUAAUGGGAUAAAUUAACGUCCGCGAAGAGUUUCGUUCUUUAGGUAACAGGGCCUCGUAGCUCUGGAACAAUAGCUUAUUGCUGUAGUAGUACUUGCGAGUUUCCGUCAGUAAUCUUGAAGUUCACUGUACGUUUGCUUGCAGAAAUCCCAGUGGUUAUUAGACUAUAUUUAACGUUUGCUAAUGGAAGCUUCUUCCUUUCCCAGGAAUGAAAGGCAAUGCUUUAGAGACCCAGUACCCCAUGCUAUGCGAAGGUAUAAGACGGCAGAGAGGAGACUUGGCCCAAGCUCUUCUUCUUCACAGUCGCGAUAACAGUGCACGGAUUCGCCAAAUUAUGGAUGUUCUGUUGGACAAGAGUCGAUAUGAAUUACCUUGUGCUGCUGGUGGGUCCCAGAAGAAAAAGAAAAUGGAGAGAAGCGAUUCUCAAGAAAACAAGAGUGAGGAUAGCGAGGCUUCAGGCAACAGUGCUACGAAGACGAGAGACAUCUUAGGUGUACCUACUCGGAGAGGAAGGUAAAUCCAUUCCCCACCCACCCGUACUAGUUUAACUCAUUUCAUCAUAUUUGUCAAGGUGUUGGUCGCCAAUGAGUCUUCUCAAAGUCAUCCAGACAAACAGAAAAUGACUGGGAUAAUGUUCAAACUCUCUCCUUUGAGUUACUUACCCGCGAGGCAUUUUUCAUUUCUGUAGUGUUAGUUCUUGUAAAUUUGCUGCUUGUGCCUAAAGUUGGAGGCCUAUCUGACUGGUAACCAAUCUCAGCUAGAGGAAGAAUUCUUUAGGCUACGUGUCAUGCUCGCCGAUACAGACGUUUCGGAGGAGAGACGACGACUCUUCCGCGAGACAUUUCUAGCGAUAAGAAGCGUGUAGAGAUGGCUGCAUUCACGGGCUACGCUCAAAGAUCACUUUCUCAGAGGAAUUUACAAUUCUAAAACCCUAAGAAAACAACAUUUAUAGUACUUUAGCAAAGUACUACUAGAAAGGUUUCGUUUAGACUCUUAACGGUCCCCUGUUUUUGCUGUAAGUGGCUUAUUGAAUCGAGCGGCCUGUUGGGCCAUCUCCGAGAGACAUUGUUUCGAAUAGUUGCAACAUUGUUCCAGCGUUGCAACGCUCUGCUGGACUGAAAAUCGUCGUUACGAAUCGUCUUGUGAGACAUCACCUUUAGGUAGAAUUGAUACUCUCUCCCAGGUUACACUUCAAGGGACUAUGUCACGUUAUUUGCUUUCUUUGAAUGCCAAAAAUAACGUUCCAUAUUUAAGAAUUUAUUUAGAAAUUGAAACUGUUUCCUGUCGUCUCUUACAAUGGAUGGUAAGGAUGGACAUGAAUUGAAAUUUCCAAAAAUCAGGCUAGCUUUUUCAAGUUUUAAUACUAUACCUGCAAAGAUAAAAAUAUAUGGUGGUUAGUGCUCCCCUAUGAAAUUUGUAAGAUAUUUUGUGCACAACUCUACAGGAGCAAGUAAUGACGUCAGCACGGGAUUAACCUAAAGCAGCAAUAUCCUUCUGACUUAAAUAUCAAAAUAAAAUAUCAAACCAAGGUGGUCGCCCGUUCGUGGUACGCGGUCGAUGUCGACAAUUUGGCAGGAAAAUAGGACAAGCGACUGUUAACAGUCUAGGUUUCAUUUUUAAUUUUCACCAUUUUGUACAUUACAAGUACUCUUUUCAUACGAAGUACCUUAAAUGUUGUGAUGUGCCCCUUAUUUCUUUGACAGUAAAAUUAGCGCAUGCAAUAAAUACUUAAUUCAUUCAUUCGCUGAACGAACGAAUGGAAAGCCUCCUCCUAUUAAAAGAAACGUGUUUGUCUCUUUCAUAUUUUUCAGCAAGGGUCAGAGUUCUUCCAGUACCAGUGAUAGCGGUACAGACAGCAGUAAGGACCAAGGAAAGCCAGCUCGUGUAGGGCCCGGAAAACCUGCCAGGCUGACUGCUUCCAUGGAUGAUGAGAGCGGGAGUUCAAGCGGAGUGGAUACAGAUUCUGUUCCAUUGUGCAGCGAGUAUGAAACUCCUGCUGCUGUAAGGAUAGUCUAAGUUAAUAAGGCUGAUUAUCCAAGAGGAGGAGUGUCUACUGACAAGAGCAUUCCAUGCUCUGAUAAAAUCCUUAGCAAGUCGUCCUGUACGCCUGUGUCAACGCAGGGUGUCUCAUGUAGCGUGGAUGGCCUUGACGAAAGAAAUCAAGUUGCUUCUGAGACGACUGAGGAUUUUCCAGUCCGUGAAUCGGAAGAACUCUGCGGCUUAUCUCUUGCAAAACAAAAAGCCUCAAAUUCAGAUUUAUUUACUGCACCUAGUCAAAGCAACCUUGGCCGUCUCACUACCGACAGUGCUUCUCAGCCUCCCAACAGAGAGGCAGUUGAAGAUAUUCCCCAAGUGUCUGACGUAGCUGAAGAUGUAACACAAGUAGACAAUCUAUCUCAACGUAUUUCGUCACUUUUGUCAACAGAACAAGACGAUCCAAAUGCUCUUACGCUUUGUAUGGCUGAUGGACAUGUAAGUGCGUUCCCUCUGGAUCAAAGUUGCGGUGUUAGCAGCUCGAUUGGCAGCAACCCACGGCCUGAAGGGCCAAAAUGCUCGUCUAAUGAGGGAGUGUCUGGUCAUCCAAGCAAAGUAUUGUCUAGCCAGUAUCAUUCAUCUGAGGGUGAUGUUUCAGACGUCGAAGCAGACUUUGAAGAAUCUCAGCCGAGCCCAUCGCAGUGUGCUGUGUCCAAAGCAUUUGAGUCAGGCAGUAGUUUGCUGAACAACAAUGGCUGCUAAGCCUUAGAUGAGAAUCCUUCUUCAACAUCCUUAGCCGCCACCGCCACUGCCGCCGCCGUAUUUGAUGAGGACGAAAUUUCAGAAUCUGCGAAUGUUGCGUUGGAACUGACCAAGAACAAUCCACACAGCCUGAUGUUGAAGGAGCUGCAGCUGUUGUAGCGCCUUUGGAAACGGCAGAGGAACAGUUUAGUGAAUCAGGUGCCAGAGGAAGCGAUAGCGCCAGUGCUGAUGAUACUGACAGGAGCCGCCGCCGCAAUAGGCCUCGCGGUCGUAGGAGAAGAAGAGGCAAAUCUGCCCUCUAUCAUGCCACCGAGGCUGAGGCACAUUUCAUGUUUGAACUUGCCAAGACAGUACUAAAUAAAGCAGGGGGGAACAAUAGCACAUCUGUUUUCACGCAGUCAACAAGCAGUGAAACUCAUUCCGGUCCUCACAGAGUACUGCAGCUGUGCGCGUUUGAAAUUGGCCUGUUUGCCUUAGGACUUCAUAACCGGACAUCUCCAAACUGGCUGUCACGAACGUACUCAUCACACGUAUCGUGGAUUUCAGGGCAAGCUAUGGAAAUUGGCCAUCAAGCCAUAACGAUUCUCUUGGAACGAUGGGAGGGUAAUUUGACGCUGUCGGAGGUCGCGUCUAUUGCUGACCGGGCGUCAAAGUCUAAUGACCGUGCUAUGGUGCGUGCAGCAGCUGAACUCGGUCUGUCAUGCCUCCACAUGGCUACUACUCUGAAUCCAGUGGAGAUUCAACGCGUUCUGUCUCAGUGUAGAGAUGAAGAUUCACAGUUAUUGGAUCAAGCGUGCCAAGCUGUUGAGAGCGCUGCCCGGGGCGGAGGAGUGUACCCUGAAGUUCUCUUUGAUGUUGCUAAACACUGGUUCUAUCUUCACGAGAAAAACCAGACGAGUAGCACAAACUCAUCGCCGAGGCCUGCCAAAAGCGAAUCAAGAAGUAGGGGUUCGAUGAUGCGGUCAUGUCAGUCAGCGUCAUCGACAAGCCAGUCUCCGCCUGUGAGCCCCUUUGCGCCACAGUUCACCGUAUCCCCCACCUUCCCAUCCAUUCCUCCGCCUCUGUAUACCACGCCCGAACAAUACGUCCAACAGCAAAUGCAUCAGCAGGUCCACCAAAUGAUGGGGCAUUAUCCAGCUUAUUCAUCAGCAAAUAACUCGGGAUACCGCUCCGGUUCACAGUCUCACUAUGCCUACCCAUUUUCGAGAAGUUUAUCGGGAACACAGUUUUCAUUGACCGGAGCCUAUGCUGGCCUUACUCCAUGCCCUUAUCAAGCGGCAAACUUGACUACGAAUUCCAGCCAGCAUCUCAAUCGAACAACAUCAGGGCAGCCAGGUGCACAGGUUUCAUUUUACCUAAACAGCGCCUACAGGGUAGGAAUGCUGGCGCUGGAGUUCUUAUCAAGACGCACCUCAGACGACCGGCCAAACGUGAAGUUUUCUCGUAACCCCAGCUGCAGCGAGGACAUUAGAUGGCUUUGCACUCUCUCGGCGAAGCUCGGUACCUCGCAUCUUCAGAGGUUCUGCGUGGCCGCGUUAAACGCUGUAGUCAGCCCAUUUGUCCUUCAUGACCUUGCGUUAGAGGCCGCAAGGCAUAUGGCGCGAUUAAACCCUGGCUGUUAA